ACCAACUUCAGGUUCAUCUAAAUGCUUCACGUCCGCUGCAACACGAGGGUCUGCUAUGUAGUCCAGAGUUUUACUAUGACCUCUCCUUACUUCAUGCAGAGCAGGUCUGUUCUCACUCGGAGUGGUGACCCAAAUGCGGCCUCUCUCAGAUCCAAACUUACCAGCAGACGGAGGAAUGAGGAUCCAGUUUCUUCGGUGAAGUUGGAGGAGGAGGAGGCGAGGAUCUUUGAGCAAAGACCCUCCUCGGCCCCCUUAUUACCGGGUGGUUGCCAUCCAAAAACAGAAACAGACACUUUACCGUUGUCCUCACACAGCCGCAGGAGGAGACAGCUCAAAGUGGAAUAUGACGAGGAUGAAGGUAUUAUGCCGGAGAAGACUGAACACUGGGAACCUCCCGACUGGAAGAAACAACUGGGAUACAUCCGUGAGAUGAGGAGCGGCCAGGAUGCACCUGUAGAUAACAUGGGGGCAGAGAAAUGCUACGAAUCAGCAGCUCCUGCUCAUGUGAGACGUUUCCAGGUGUUGGUUUCACUCAUGCUGUCCAGUCAGACCAAGGACCAGGUGACUGCAGCAGCCAUGAAGAAGCUCCGAGCUCACGGCUGCACUGCAGAAAAUAUACUCACUACUGAUGAUGAAGCACUGGGGAAACUCAUCUACCCCGUUGGCUUCUGGAGGACUAAAGUGAAGUAUCUGAAGCUGACAACAGCCAUUCUGCAGAAAGAGUUCGGAGGGGACAUCCCAGACAGUGUGGAGGGGCUGGUCCGCCUGCCAGGAGUUGGACCUAAGAUGGCUCACUUGGCUAUGGACAUCGCCUGGGACCAGGUGUCCGGUAUCGGCGUGGACACACAUGUUCAUCGUAUCUCUAAUUGGCUGGGCUGGCUGAAGAAACCGACCAAGAACCCGGAGGAAACACGCAAGGCCCUGGAGGAGUGGUUACCCAGGGAGCUGUGGAGUGAGAUCAACUGGCUGCUCGUGGGUUUCGGACAGCAGGUAUGUCUCCCCGUCAGGCCGCUCUGCUCCGUGUGUCUGAACCAGCACAGCUGUCCAUCCGCCCACAAGAUCUCUCCUACGAAGAGGCCUAAAGCUGCAUCCCCACGCGCACCAAAUCCAACCUCUUCCUUCACAACAAAAGCUGAACCUGAACAAGAAUCUGAUGUCAAACACGAGAGGACAAAGAAGGAGCCCCUGCCCACACCCGUUUCCCCGAACGCACAGAGAAGGAGGAUACAAAGAAAGGUUAAUCAUUGAUCCAGUUGUCCCAUUUUUGUCUGAGCCGCGACCAAAUGUUGGACAAGAAAGGUUCAAUGUAUACGCACACACUGAAAACAUGCAUCUAAGCUAAACACUGAUGUGAAUAUCAGGAUAUAUGUAUUAUAAAGUAUUGUAUUUUGAGUUUUAUUUUACACUACACCGUUUACACUUUAAACAGAUAAAAUAUUUUUGUACUGUUGGCACUUAAUUGUUUUUAUAACCAAAUAAAGAAUGUAUGUACUUGG